GACCCAUACAUGAUUAAGUCUUUUGCCUAUAUAAACACCCUAUUGAAUUUUAGACAAGAUGGUAAAUGCAAAGCCUCUGGCCCAAGAUAGAAAAAGUUUCUGAUUAGCACACGUUCAGCGUUUUUGCACGUCAGGUAUAAAAACUGAACAAAUUUUCCUUGUUGUGUGAAUAUGGGAGGUGGUGGCCGAAGUUCUGUUGCUCCUAAGCAGAGAAAUUCUGGGGAAGAAGCCAAGAAACGUGUCCCACAUGGAAAGCCUCCGUUUAGUCUCAGCCAAGUGAAGAAGGCAAUUCCACCGCACUGUUUUCAGCGUUCUGUGAUUCGUUCAUUUUCCUAUGUCUUCUACGACCUUACCAUAGCCUCAUGUCUCGCCUACGUAGCAAUAAAUUACUUUUCUACCCUUCCCCACAACCUUUUCCUCUUGUCAUGGCCCCUUUAUUGGGCCAUGCAAGGUUGCGUCCUAACCGGAGUUUGGGUCAUUGCACACGAGUGUGGCCAUCAUGCUUUCAGCGAUUACCAAUGGCUCGAUGACUUAGUGGGUCUCGUUCUCCAUUCAUUUCUUCUUGUUCCUUAUUUUUCGUGGAAAUAUAGUCACCGUCGUCACCACUCCAACACGGGUUCCCUUGAGCGAGAUGAAGUGUUUGUGCCAAAGAGAAAAUCUGCAUUGAGUUGGUACUCUAAGUACCUUAACAACCCACUAGGGAGAGUUCUCACACUUGCUGUUACUCUAACUCUUGGAUGGCCUCUCUACUUGGCUUUCAACGUUUCAGGAAGGCCUUAUGAGAGAUUUGCAUGCCACUAUGACCCUUAUGGCCCCAUUUACACGGAUCGUGAGAGGCUUCAAAUUUAUAUAUCCGAUGCUGGAAUUCUUGCUAUGUGUUAUGGGCUAUACAAGGCUGUGAUGUUGAAAGGCCUAGUUUGGGUUGUAUGUGUUUAUGGGGUGCCAUUGCUAGUGGUUAAUGGGUUUUUGGUGUUGAUCACUUUCUUGCAACACACUCACCCUGGGGUUCCUCACUAUGAUUCCUCUGAGUGGGACUGGUUUAGAGGUGCUUUGGCCACUGUGGACAGAGAUUAUGGGAUUUUGAAUAAGGUUUUGCAUAAUAUAACAGACACACAUGUGGCACACCACUUGUUUUCUACGAUGCCUCAUUACCAUGCUACGGAGGCCACCAAGGCUAUAAGGCCAAUUUUGGGAGAUUACUAUCACUUUGAUGGGACUCCCAUUUAUAAGGCAAUGUGGAGAGAGGCAAAGGAGUGCAUGUAUGUUGAGCCUGAUGAAGAGUCUAAGGCCAAAGGUGUUUACUGGUACAAAAAUAAGUUGUAAUAAUUAUUAGGGCUUUGAGAGUUUAAGUUGCUUAUGUACCUCUAGUAUGUCUUUAUGGUGCAUCUUCUGAGUAACUUUGUAAUCUGGUAAUAUUGGUGGUACGUAGAAAAGGACGAUGCACACCUAUGCUACUUUUGCACGGUGGUUUGCAAUUAGGGCUUUCACUUAAUGGUUGAGAAGCUAAUUGUAGUCUAGUCAAGGGUUUAAUUUCAAUUAUAUAUACUAUAUAUAUUUAUGUGCCAAAAAGUGGAAAUUCAUUUUUGCUUUUCUUGUUUU